AUGACUGAUGGUGGUCCCCUCCAAGCGCCCGGCACUGCCGGUUCCCUUGAUGGGAUCCGCAUAAGAAAUCGAAGGGAGAGAAACCUUUCAGACCUCCUCGACACCCACCAGGCCCAGCCGACCGAAGUCAGACACCAAACCAGGUCAAGAUCAUCACCACUCCCUGGACAUGAAACGCAGACACUGCAAGCAGCACGCGUGACACGUCGAGGCGGAAGUAAAAGGCUUCACUUUAGGGCAUCGAGGACAUAG